CUCUCCUUUUUCGCCCUCUUAUUCUCUCUCUUCCCCCCCCCCCCCCAUUACUCUCUCAGGCACACACAACAGCCCCGGGUAAAUAGGAAAGGACAGAUCCUCUCUGCUAUUUUUAAGAAGAGCGAAGGCUAAAUUAAAAGUGGUAUUUUAGUGCCUUUUCCCGUAUUUUUUUCGCUACACUUUACCCUCCGCCCUUCCUACCACCGGUAGAGCUCUUGGCUUGGGUUUGGAGGUUCAGGGAGAAAGUUUAGGCUUGUUAAUGUUACUGUCAAUUGUUUCUGGGGGGGGCGGGAUUGAGGGUGGGAGAAAGGUUGCUUCCCCCCCUCCCCUCUUCUUUCCUCCCUGUGGUUCUCCUGGGUUAUUGGAGAAUAAUACUCCAAGUGACAGCCAGAAGUAGACUUUCUGCUUUUUUCACUCCGGAGAGCCUAUGAGAUAGAGAGCUAGAAGAGAACCUUUUUUUUUCCCUCAUUAGACCUCGUCCGCAGUGAUUUUUUCGCUUUUAAAGAAAAGAUAAUCAGCGACCAUCACCCCCCACACCACACACCCCCAAACAUCAUCUCAUUGUGGACCUUUUAGCGCUUUCUGCUUUGUUUUUGCGAUUUUUUUCAACGUUUCACUUGUCAGAUCAAUUUUAUCUUCUCUCUACUCACUUCCCAGUCUCCCUCCUCCCCCAUUGAAAACCCUGUUCUCCAAGAGACAUUUGAGAAAAUAACAAUUUUUGAAUUCUGAUUUUUGCGCUCAUGGUUUCUCCUCAUCUUGAUGUUUAUUUCUGCCCUUCCCCCGCUUAGGGGGGGAGGGGGGUGGGGGAGACAAAAUAAUACAAUUUAAGGGGGAAGUCGCCUUCAGGUCUGCUGCUAUUUUUUUUUUUUUUAAUAAAAAAAAGGAUAUAGAAAAACAUCAGUCUUGAACUUCUUCCUCUUCAAGAUCUCGGGCUGCAAAGGAAAUCUCCUUUGUUUUUGUUAUUUAUGUGCUGUCAAGUUUUGAAGUGGUGAUUUUUAGAGGCGGGACUGAGUAUGGAUCAUUUGAACGAGACAACUCAGGGGAAAGAACAUUCAGAAAUGUCUAACAAUGUAGGCGAUCCGAAGGGUCCACCAGCCAAAAUUGCCCGCUUGGAGCAGAAUGGGAGCCCAUUAGGAAGAGGAAGACUUGGGAGUACAGGAGCUAAAAUGCAAGGAGUGCCUUUAAAACACUCUGGACAUCUGAUGAAAACAAACAUUAGGAAAGGAACAAUGCUACCUGUUUUCUGUGUGGUGGAGCAUUAUGAAAAUUCCAUUGAAUAUGAUUGUAAGGAGGAACAUGCAGAAUUUGUGUUGGUAAGAAAGGACAUGCUUUUCAACCAACUGAUAGAAAUGGCAUUGCUGUCUCUUGGAUAUUCUCACAGCUCUGCUGCCCAAGCCAAAGGGCUAAUCCAGGUUGGAAAGUGGAAUCCAGUUCCACUGUCCUAUGUGACAGAUGCCCCUGAUGCGACUGUUGCAGACAUGCUACAGGAUGUAUAUCAUGUAGUCACCUUGAAAAUCCAGUUACACAGUUGCCCUAAACUAGAAGACUUGCCUCCAGAACAAUGGUCUCACACAACCGUAAGAAAUGCUCUGAAGGACUUACUGAAGGAUAUGAACCAGAGUUCAUUGGCCAAGGAGUGUCCCCUUUCCCAGAGUAUGAUUUCAUCCAUUGUGAACAGCACUUACUAUGCAAAUGUAUCAGCAGCAAAAUGUCAAGAAUUUGGAAGGUGGUAUAAACAUUUCAAGAAGACAAAAGAUAUGCUGGUUGAGAUGGAUAGCCUUUCUGAGCUAUCCCAGCAAGGUGCCAACCAUGUCAACUUUGGCCAGCAGCCAGUUCCAGGGAACACCGCUGAGCAGCCUCCAUCCCCUGUGCAGCUUUCUCACGGCAGCCAGCCAUCGGUCCGGACCCCUCUUCCAAACCUGCAUCCUGGACUUGUAUCCACCCCUAUUAGUCCUCAGUUGGUAAAUCAACAGCUGGUCAUGGCUCAGUUGCUGAACCAGCAGUAUGCAGUGAAUAGACUCUUAGCCCAGCAGUCCUUAAAUCAGCAGUACUUGAACCACCCUCCCCCUGUCAGUAGAUCUAUGAACAAGCCGUUGGAGCAACAGGUCUCAACCAACACAGAGGUGUCUUCCGAAAUCUACCAGUGGGUGCGAGAUGAACUGAAAAGAGCAGGAAUCUCCCAGGCAGUAUUUGCACGUGUGGCUUUUAACAGAACUCAGGGCUUGCUCUCAGAAAUCCUCCGAAAGGAAGAGGACCCCAAGACUGCCUCGCAGUCUUUGCUGGUUAACCUCCGGGCUAUGCAGAACUUCUUGCAGCUGCCGGAAGCUGAAAGGGAUCGAAUUUACCAGGAUGAAAGGGAAAGGAGUUUGAAUGCAGCCUCCGCUAUGGGUCCAGCACCUCUGAUAAGCACACCCCCCAGCCGUCCUCCCCAGGUAAAAACAGCAACAAUUGCCACGGAGCGGAAUGGGAAGCCAGAGAACAAUGCCAUGAACAUUAAUGCUUCCAUUUACGAUGAGAUUCAGCAGGAAAUGAAGCGAGCAAAGGUGUCCCAAGCACUCUUUGCAAAGGUUGCAGCAACCAAAAGCCAGGGGUGGUUGUGUGAACUGUUACGCUGGAAAGAAGACCCAUCUCCAGAAAACAGGACCCUGUGGGAGAAUCUUUCCAUGAUCAGAAGGUUCCUCAGUCUUCCUCAGCCCGAACGAGAUGCCAUUUAUGAACAAGAAAGCAACGCUGUUCAUCACCAUGGUGACAGACCUUCCCACAUUAUCCAUGUUCCAGCAGAACAGAUUCAGAGCCCCUCUCCCACCACCCUUGUGAAAGGAGAGCCUAGAGGUACUUUCUCACCAAGCCUGCUGACCCCUGGACCAUGGCUGGGUGCUGCUCCACAGCAGCAGCAGCAGCAGCAGCAGCAGCAGCAGCAGCAGCAGCCCCAAGCCCAGCAACAACAGCCUGGGCCCCGACUUCCCCCCAGGCAGCCUACCGUCGCUUCACCAGCCGAAUCAGAGGAUGAAAAUCGGCAGAAGACACGACCGAGAACAAAAAUUUCUGUUGAAGCUCUGGGAAUUCUGCAGAGCUUUAUACAAGAUGUAGGCCUGUAUCCAGAUGAAGAAGCAAUCCAGACUCUCUCUGCCCAGCUUGACCUUCCCAAGUAUACUAUUAUUAAGUUCUUUCAGAACCAGCGAUAUUAUCUCAAGCAUCAUGGGAAACUGAAGGACAAUUCGGGUUUAGAGGUGGAUGUUGCAGAGUAUAAAGAAGAAGAGUUGCUGAAAGAUUUGGAAGAAAGUGUCCAAGAUAAAAAUGCAAACUCCCUUUUUUCAGUGAAACUAGAAGAAGAAUUAUCAGUGGAAGGGAACACGGACAUUAAUGCUGAUCUGAAAGACUAAGAUAAAAGUAUUAUUUUCAUUCAACAGUGCCACUGGUAUUAACUAAUUAAAUGAAAAUUCCAUCUUGCAUUCUCUCAGAAACCUUUGUUGUUCAUUGUUUGGCCAAUGAGUCUUCAGAAACUUGCACACACGCACGUGCUCGUGCACGCGCGCGCGCGCGCGCACACACACACACACACACAAACAUGAAAUGAAAAAAAAAUGGAUAAUGCAGACCGCUAAAUGUUUUACUCUGUUUUACAAAUUGCUCUACAGCUACAGAUGAAGCAUUGAGGAUUGUUUGAUAUUAAUUUGUGUUCACUGGCUACACCCUGUUGUAUCCAAUAAGCAUGAUACCAGUGAUUUUUGAUCCUGAAGCUUUCAAAGAAGCAUUACAACUUCGGUGAUUAUUGUUUCAUUUUUAUUAUUAUUAUUAUUAUUAAUUAUUGUUAUUAUUAUUACUGUAACACUCCACACUUGGUCUUUGGAAACUCACACUUAUUUUAAAGAAAAAGAGAGUUUGUUGCUCCUGCUCUAUUGUAUGUUACAAAAGAACUAUAUACUGUGGAAUGCAGUUUUAAAAUAACACACGCCAACAAAUGCCUUGUAUUAUAUGGCACUGCCGUAAUUCAGAUUUGUUUUCUUUUUUGGAAAUAAAAGGUCACUGUAAUAUUUUUUUUUUCCUUUUCAUUGUUACAUGAUUUUUAAAAAUGGAAAGAAAAUGUGAAACACAAUUUAGUCCUCAUUAUUUAUUUGUAGAUCCUGCAGCAUCAUGUUGUAAUUAAUUUUUUUUGGAAGUUUCCGUUAAAUGUAAUAUUGCUUCCUUGUUCUCAUACUGAUUCUUUUCUAUUUAUAAAUGUAUUUUGAUGGGCAGUAAAACAAAGUGUCUUAAAAGUUUUAAAUAGAGAAAAUGUGCUUUACACAGUUGCCUAUAAAAAGUGCUCGAUGUUAUCCAAGCAAUUCAUUCUAUAAGCUUCACUCUUAUUGUUGUAUGCAAUUUUUACUAUCAUGCAAAUAAGCUUAGGUAAAUAAAACUAAUAGAUCACCUUAGAAACUUAUGCAAUUAAUGUGAAAAUAAUUGAUGUUUGCAAUGUGUCUUCCUUUGGUUUACAAUCAAUUUCAAAGCGACAUCUGUAUAAAUUUUCUGUACAAAGGUGUAUUUCUUUUUUAUGAGUUUAUUGCUAUGAAAACACCAGUUAUUUUGUUACAGCUAGCUGUUUUUAUAAGUGUAUCACAAUUUUCUUUAUGCAGAACUGUUCUGACUAGGAGUGGUUAUUGACUGUAACUACACAAUUAAAAUUGUUUGUAUGGUAUGCUAUGGGAGGGUUUGUCUGCUUAUGUGUACUCACUGUAAAGGAACUUGAAGGAAUGCUCAUGCUCUCUCUCGCUCUCUCUCUCUCUGUCUCUCUCUCUCCCUCUCUCUCUCUCUCUCUCUCUCUCUCUCUCUCUCUCUCUCUCAGUGGCUAAUGGUACUUUCCCAGCAGUACCUUGUUAUUUUGAGAAAGACCAUCUGAAAAGUUCUCUCUCAAGACUUGUAUUAGCCUUUGUAAAAUUUACAUGUUGAUGGCAUGUGUGUACGUGUGUGUAACACACACACACGUACAUUGAAGUUCCACGAUGAAAAUCAUAACCUGCCUUGUCUUGGUUAACAUUUUGCCUGCUAAACCGAGAUAGCAGGAUAUUCUGGAGUCCAAAAGCUAUCAGGCACAAACAUAUUUACAAUCCCUGGCAGCGAUGCUGUUAUAAUGGGUACAGCUGCUUUUAUUUUGUGCUAUGUGAAUUAUGCUCACACUGUUCCUUAUACUAAUGUAUAAACACUUUAAAAGGCUAUUAAUAGUCACGUAAAAUAAAUAGAAAAAAAUGGCUCUUUAAGAAAAUUCCUUAGUAAGCAAGAUUUUGAAGAAUAGUUAUUAGCUGUUAGUAAUUCCAGUAACUUGACUUUUGAGUUCAUCAGACUGCCUAUAUUCCUCUAGAUCUAGAAACUACCUUAGGAAUAUGAGAACACAGAACCCGAAGCCUAAAGGCUAUGUAUGUUACGUAGUGACUUCAUUUUCUCCUAACAUUGGUUUUAUAUUGAGUUACCGAAUUCUAGAGAGACUAAAUCUUAGCAAACUACACAGUAGCAAAAUUAAAUGUGCUAAUUGUCAGAGAAUGAAGUGAGGAUAUAGUUAUAAAAUCUUUCAUUCAUAUUUAAAUUUUAAAAAUUCUUCUAACUUCUGUUCUUAAUAUUUCCCCAUAGGUUUUCUGAACACAUCUAGCCGGGGCUAUGAGGUUCCUUGGGAAGGGAUCCAUGACUGCCCAUUUCCUUUCAGUUCUACCAUUUGCCCUACCCCAGAUGAGAUCUUGUAGGCAACUGGGCUCCUUCAACGUUGAACUUUUACUUAAGAAACUGAAUUGGGAGCAUUGAAAAUUCCCAAUUCAGCUUUAAAAUACUUUUUAAUAUUGAAGUACAGCUAAGCUACUCUAGAGGCAGCUGGUUUCCCAUAAACUUCGAACUCUACCCCAAAAGUUUCCAGUUCCUUUAAUUUAUUAAGAGUUCAACUUUUCAUGCAUCUCCGCUAACUAUGAAACAAGAAGGGAAUCGUUUGUUGGAGGAGUUGAAAUUAG